AGGCAAGCGAUAAAUCUACAUCUACCCGUUUCCCGAAAUCCGUAGUUUCUUAAAUUAUAUGUAUAAGAAUCUUUUCAAUUGAUUUUUCUAGAGAUUUUGGUAUUCGUGGUGUUGCUUUACGUUUAUUAUAUAAAAUUUUACCUAAUUCAACACAUGAACAAUUAUAUGAAAUUGCUCGAAUAUUAUCUGUUGAUGGUCCAAAUGAAUGUCAAAUCUGGACACUUGAAAUUUAUAAAUGGAUGUAUGAUUAUGUAACAAAUUAUUUAACAAAAGAAAUUAAAACUUCGAUAACACCAUUAUCGGAAUCAUUUUAUCAUCAUGUUCGAGAACAAUUACUUCAAUUAUUAUCAAGUAAAAAUGAAUAUAUAAGAGUAAAUUCUCGUAAUUUCUGGUGUGAUCCAAAACGUUUAAGUACAUCAUCACAUCAUCGUCUUAUUGCAUUAGUUGAUCAAUUAUAUUCAACAAAAACUGAAAGUGAAUAUUUAAAUUAUUGUACAAAUUUUCUUCUUGAACGUACAACACAUAAUCCGGAUUAUAAUCAUUUCAUAUUUGAAAAUCCACUUGAUAAAUGUAUAUUUCAAGAAUUUCCAUUAGCAUGUAAUUGGCGUCAACGUCAUCAUACAUAUAUGACACCUUUAUUUACUUUACAAUCACAAUCAGCAAUCGAUCCAUCACUAUCAACAAAUACAAAUCUUAUGACUAUGGAUCCAGUUCAAUUUAUGCAAACAUUAAGUGAUAAUAAUAAUAAUCCAGACCAAACACAAUCAUCAACAUCAACUCCACCAAUGCUUUUACAAACACAAGAAAUGUCAAGUAGACAAAAUUUUAUUCCAACACAAAUGUUAGAUACUAAUACAAAUUAUAAUUGGCUUAAACAAACAAAUACAUUAGAUUCAAUAAAUACAUUUGCUUUACCAACAUUAGCAACACAAACAAAGAAAACAACUUCAUUAAUUGUUGAUGUAGAUAAAAAAAUGAAAACAAAUACACAAACAACAAUGCAAACACAAAAUAGUGAAGAAGAUGAUGAUGAUAUAUUUCGACUUAAAAGAAGAUUUCUUAAGGAUAGUGGUGAAUUAACUAAAUACUAUUUUGCUAAAAAACAAAAUGAAAAGAAACAAAAUGAAAAAGAACUUCUCAAUGAAAUCAAAUUAAAACAAGAAAAUCAAGUUGAAAAAUAUCGUACAUAUCGUAUUGGUGAAUUACCAGAUAUACAAAUACGUUACAGUGAUAUUAUUAUACCUUUACAAGCACUUGCUCAAUAUGAUAAUCAUACAGCACGUUUACUUUAUGCAAGUUUAUUUACAUCAAUGUUAAAUUCACUUGAAGAUAAAUUAUCAUCGGAUGAAUAUUCGAAUUUAAUUCAAACAAUUCAACAUCGUUUUGAUGUUAUGUUAUCACAAUCAGAAAUAUUCUAUCCAUCAUUUGUUGCUGCAUUACUUGAUAUUGUUUUAUCUAAACCAGAACAAAUA